ACACAAUCCUACGGCAUCGCGAUUUGAGACUCAACAUCGUUACGUGCUUCCUCGAAGACACGACCGAAACGCGAUGGCGGGCGGGGGCGCGGUGGUGAGCAAGAGCAAGCAGGAGUACCCGGGGCGGCUGACGCCGUUCGUGUUGAUGGCGUGCCUUGUGGCGGCCACCGGCGGGAUGAUCUUCGGGUACGACAUCGGCAUCUCCGGCGGCGUGACUUCCAUGGACCCUUUCCUCAGCAGGUUCUUCCCGUCGGUGUACCGGAAGCAGCAGGCCGAUAGCAGCAGCAACAGCAACCAGUACUGCAAGUUCGACAGCCAGGUCCUGACCAUGUUCACCUCUUCGCUCUACCUGGCGGCGCUGGUGGCCUCGGUGUGCGCCGCGUCCGUCACCCGCGUGGCCGGCCGCAAGUGGUCCAUGUUCGUGGGCGGGGUCACCUUCCUGGCCGGGUGCGCGCUCAACGGCGCGGCCCAGGACGUGGCCAUGCUCAUCCUGGGCCGCGUGCUGCUGGGCGUCGGCGUGGGCUUCGCCAACCAGAGCGUGCACGUCUACCUGUCGGAGAUGGCGCCGGCGCGGAUGCGCGGCAUGCUCAACAACGGCUUCCAGCUCAUGAUCACCCUCGGCAUCCUCGCCGCCAACCUCAUCAACUACGGCACCGACAAGAUCGCCGGCGGGUGGGGCUGGAGGCUCAGUCUCGCGCUCGCGGCCGUCCCCGCGGGAAUCAUCACGGUCGGCUCCUUCUUCCUCCCGGACACGCCCAACUCCCUCCUCGAACGCGGCAAGGCCGACGACGCCAGGGAGAUGCUCCGGCGCGUGCGGGGCACGGACGACGUGGAGGAAGAGUACGGCGACCUGUCGGCGGCGAGCGAGGCGUCCAGGGCCGUGAAGAGCCCCUGGCGUGACAUCCUGCGGCGGCAGUACAGGCCGCAGCUGGCCAUGGCGGUCUUCAUCCCGCUGCUGCAGCAGCUCACGGGCAUCAACGUCAUCAUGUUCUACGCGCCCGUGCUGUUCAAGACGCUCGGGUUCGGCGGCAGCGCGUCGCUCAUGUCGGCGGUGAUCACGGGCGUGGUCAACCUGGCGGCGACGCUCGUCUCGGUGUUCACGGUGGACAGGGUGGGGCGGCGCGCUCUGUUCCUGCAGGGCGGGGCGCAGAUGUUCGCGAGCCUGGUGGCGGUGGGGGCGCUGGUCGGCGCCAAGCUCGGGUGGAGCGGCGUGGCGGAGAUCCCGGCGGGGUAUGCGGCGGCGGUGGUGGCGGUGAUGUGCGUCUACGUGGCGGGGUUCGCGUGGUCGUGGGGGCCAUUGGGGUGGUUGGUGCCCAGCGAGGUGAUGCCGCUAGAGGUGCGGCCGGCGGGGCAGAGCAUCACCGUGGCUGUCAACAUGCUCAUGACGUUCGCCGUCGCGCAGGCGUUCCUGCCCAUGCUCUGUCGCCUCAAGUUCGUCCUCUUCUUUUUCUUCGCCGCCUGGGUGCUCGUCAUGACGCUCUUUGUCGCGCUAUUCGUGCCGGAGACCAAGGGUGUGCCCAUCGAGGACAUGGCCAACGUGUGGAAGGCGCACUGGUACUGGAGACGUUUCGUCACCGACGUCGACGAUGCCCAAAAUGGAGACAUCGAGAUGGGCAACAAAAACAGCAGUGUUAAGAACUACGGUCUACGGAGUAGCUUAGAUUCGUAGCAUUUACCGGUGUUCU